CUUUAACGUUCCAUGAUUAAGUAAAACAUUUAACGUCAAUCCUUUCACAUUCCUCCCACUAAUUCACCCAUUUACUCUUAAAACACUAUAAAAUCAGAAGUCUUAUAACUCAACCAUCACAUCACACCACACCACACCAAAACUCAAAAUCAGAAUUAUGGCUUCUAACACAAGUUACCUCUUCGUUAUCGUCGCUCUCCUCCUUGUUCACGACAUCUCCUCUAGAACACCCCCGGAGACGACGGCGGAUUCCAACAACAUAGCGGCAAGGCUCAAUGGAGGAGGAUUAAUGGAGUGUUGGGACGCACUGUACGAGCUCAAAUCAUGCACUAACGAGAUCGUUCUCUUCUUCCUCAACGGUGAGACCAAACUCGGCGUUGAUUGCUGUCACGGCGUCGAAGUCAUCACCAACAAUUGUUGGCAAGCGAUGCUAACUUCUCUUGGCUUCACCUCUGAUGAAACCAACGUUCUUCGUGGCUUCUGUCAGUCUCCAAAUUCCGGUGGUUCUUCUCCGGCGCCUUCCUCUGUAAAACUUUGAUGUAUGCAAACUCCAAUAACAGUUAUAAU